UACAUUUCUAUAUUAAAAAAAAUUUAAACACUCCCAAUAUCAAUCAUUCUACCUUACUAAUAUAUUAUUUUAAAAAAUUUAUAAAAUUAUAUAUAACUAAUCUGAAUUUUGAUUAAAUAUUUUAGUCAAUAUAUAAUGGUUCCUUAAAAAAUUUGAGUCAAAAUCGUCGACUGUCUGCGUAAAAGUAUACCCAUCUUCCAUGCACUGCACAUUCCUUUUCUUUUCCUAUAAAUAGGCAAAAGCUUACAACCUGAUCAAUCGACGGUAUGCAUCCAAACGAAAUGGAGAAAGAAAGCGUUGAUCUGACUCAAAUAUCCCUUCGACCCCUUCAAUUUUCUGACCUCGAUGAUCUCAUGGUGUGGAGGAAUGAUGAAAAGGUGGCGAGAUUUUGCUCUUGGGAACCUAACACUACCAAAGAAGAUGGCAUAAAGUUCAUCCAAGACAUACCCAACAAGUUUGUAUGGUGCAGAGCAAUAUGCCUAAAGGGUGGUGCAAUUGGGUGUAUUUCUCUGACCUCAAGGGAGAAAGCCGUGGAACUUGGCUAUGUUAUUGCCUCCAAAUACUGGGGUCAAGGGAUUGCCACGGUAGCUGUGAAACAAGCAGUGAAGGCUGCAUUCAAUGAGUUGGAAGAGUUGGAGAGGGUAGAAGCUCUUGUUGACGUGCAAAAUGUUGGGUCUCAGAGAGUGUUGGAGAAGGUUGGUUUCCAAAGAGAGGGAAUUCUCAGAAAGUAUGGCUUUGUCAAGGGAAAAAGCACAGAUAUGGUCAUGUUUAGUCUUCUUUCCACUGAUCCUCAACUUUGAUUUCUUUUACCAUGUUUCAUUUGGAAAUUGGAAUUAAUAUAUGAUUUAAUCAUCAAUAUCCUCAACUUUGAUUUCUUUUACCAUCUUUGGAUUCCGCUGUCUAAAAUCCCGAGAUGAGAAUUAAUCCAAGUAAAAUAAAUUAAUGAUCCAUACAAUUUUCCAUGACUUGUAUGAUGGCACAGCCAGAGACUUCACAUUCAACAAAGGCGGCUACUCCCGUAAGGUGGCCAAUGGAACUAUAGCAGACACGUCACCAUUUGUCUUCUUCAAACUUCAUUUGCAUGAUUGGAGCUUGAAAAUUAUAUGCUUCUGCUCUUUGAAACUAAUAUCUUACUUGCCCUUGGAAGAUCCCAUUACCAAAUAAGGAAACACGAACGAAUAACUUAUUAAUUUCCUUCAAAAUGUAAAACGGAAUACUGUCACGUCUAAUAAUUUCAUUACAAGACAUACGAGUCGAAUUCGUGUCACAUUGAGCCCUCAAUUAAUUACAUUAAUAAAUCAAAUUUAGCCCUUAAAACCUCACUUGGCUUUCAGCAAUAUAAAGUGUAGUCUUGCCAGGGAAUUAUAAAAAAAAACACGAUUUCAUUCCAAGUUACUCUCUAAAGACAGUUUUACAACAAUAUAAAAUAACAUUCUGACAAUUUCGAUUCUUCCAUGUAUAUAACAAUUUUGAAACAUUAACCGUCUCUUCAAUUCUGAUAGUUAUUUUAAAAUGUAUAGAAAAACAAAUCAUCAAUUAUUAAUAAAUAUAUAAUAUCAAGUUUGAUAUUUUAACUUAAUAUCCAAAUAAUAAAUCUAUCACACCACAUAUCUGAUCCUGAAAGCAGAAUGAAUUUAUCAUAUUUGGUUGUAAUAAAGAUUCGAUGAAUCACUACGAUAUAUGAACAUUGUGAAUCACCUUUUGGUUUAACAGCUGUCAGUAAAUAAUUAGGCGAACUGAAACAAAAAGAAAACAGUACAAUGGCAAACAGGCUGAAGGACCGCUAAAUAAGCCUGUUACUAUCUCGUACUUGGUACAAGAUCAAUUCCAUAGGCGCCAACAAAAUAUCUCGUUUGCAAGAAAACCUUGACGCUAAAAACAAUAUGCAAAUAAUGCACGAAUUAUAAGAUGAGAACACACAAGGAAACAAGAUUAACGUCUUCAUGACGUGCUUAGUUAUUGCAACAGUACUUAAAUUCGCCAAACCAAAAAUCCAGAUUUAGAUUGCAAACAAAUGUUUCUCAAUGUCUAAACAAAACUGCAAUAAAUUAGUAAAAGUAAAAAGGAAACCUAAACAAACAAAAAUCCAUAGCCAGAUCAAGCUCCAACUACUUCAGUGGCUCCCUCAACCAUGGUUUCAUCAGCAGGUCUGUCCACCUUUGUACCAACAUCUUCUGAGUAAUCACCAUGAACCUACAUGGUUUGAAAACAUAAGCAUUAAUACCACUACUGAUCAGGUUUUAAACCACAUGCUUGCAACCAAAACCAAUUCAUAAGAAAUUUCUUGAAAAAUUGCUUCCGUUCCAAAGGACUCCGUUUAAAAUGGUCUAUAAAUCAACCGAGAACAAAAAGACAUUAAAACAUUAAAGAUUGAAUAGAAUUUCUAUGCAGAAUCAUGAACAUAUUAAAACAUUUUUCAUUAGAUACAAGAAUCAGAAGUGCAAGUAAAAUUUCCAAGCAAAAAGACAUACCUCCAUCAGUUUCCCAAGAUCAAACUUUGGGGCUUUCAGGAUCUUAACUUUACGGAUAAAUACAUUCUGUAAAGGAUAGAUGCUAGAUGUUGCCUUCUCAAUCUCUUUUCCGAUCAUCUCAGGAAUGAACUUACGGACCAAUUCUUUCAGAUCACAGGAGGUUGCCUGGUUGAUCAUGAUCUCUCUCAUCUUCCUUCGGAUCUGAACAGAUAAAGGUGUGUUUUAAACAGUUAGACAUGCAAUUGCCCAUCUCCCCAAAAUAAAUAUAAAAUCUAAAACAAAAUAUGAUGUAACAAGAGACAAAAACCAUUUUUCAGUUGUCAUGUUCAGGAAGCAAAUCCUGAAAAAUAGGGUUCAAUUCAAAGGAUUGCAAUGCCAGUAAACAUAUGACAGAAAAUUAAAGAAACAUCACAUCCCUUUUAAAUUAAUGUUAUUAGCUCAGGUACUUCAAUAGAGAGAUAUUAAAUCAAAAACAUGUUCCCAAGUUAAUAUAAGCUAGAACAUAUACUAUGUUUAAAAAUGAAGAUUGAAAACAAAACCAA